AUGGCGGUACUCUUCCUGAGAUCUAUGAUGUUUCCUCAGCAGCAGAGUGGAAAGUAUACACCGGUCCGACCUGGUACGCCGGCUAGCGAUGUCGAACGAGGCACCUCAACGGACUCCGGCAUUGCCAUGAGCGAUUCGUUCGUGAUCAAUGAAAAGUUGGCGAGCAGCAACAGCCAUCUGCUACACUCUCGUAUCAACCCACGCAUAAUUAGCGAUGCUACGAUCGGUCUCAGCGACGGCCUAACCGUGCCUUUCGCACUCACAGCUGGUCUCUCAGCUCUCGGAGACACUAACGUGGUCAUCUACGGAGGUCUCGCAGAGCUCAUCGCUGGUGGCAUUUCGAUGGGUUUGGGAGGCUACCUAGGCGCAAAGAGUGAAGCGGAGGCGUAUCAAGCUGCGCUUUCUGAGACAAAGGCGAUAGUAGCGAACGAUCACCAUACCGCAGCCAGCCUCGUCCGCGGAACGUUCGACAAGUAUGACUUCUCCGAGGAUGCGUUGUCCUCGAUGGUCACCAGUCUGCUGGUCUCGCCUAACGAGAUGGUCGACUUCUUGAUGCGGUUCCAUCACCAGCUUGCCGAGGCGGACUUUGCUCCCUCCAAAGCAUACAUCUCCGGCAUCACCAUCGCCUUAGGCUACGUGGUUGGCGGCCUUGUGGCGCUGCUGCCAUACCUUUUCCUCUCGAGCAUCCAGCAAGCAUUUGUCGGAAGCGUUAUCGUCAUGGCCAUUGCGCUGUUCGUCUUUGGCUGGACAAAGACCUCGCUAAUUGGAGAAGUUGACCGCUGGGUAUGCUUUAACAAUGGCAUACAGAUGCUGGUGAUGGGUGGUAUUGCCGCUGGUGCCGCCAUGGGUUGCGUAAAGGCCAUCGGAUGA